AUGCUCUCUGCUACUCUAAGAUCCAGCUUCAAGCAAGCUUCACACGUGUCCAGACUCGCACAAUUCAACAGAAGAUGUCUUUCCUCCACAUCCCUUGUGAAAGAGAUGCCAAAGCUCCACAAGAUCGAGCAAGAGGCCAGAGAUAACGAUUUCUACAUCAUCAAGAAGAGAGGUGACAAGGGCGGCGAAUCUGCCGUCGAAGGUGAGGAUGGUUUCACUUCCACUGUCAACAUGGAAAUCAACUCUGCAAUGGGUUCUUACUCAGACUUCGUUAACGACGCCAAGGACUGGGAAACAUGGACUUUGGAGAACGAGGACUCUCCAGAUCACACGGUCAAGAAGUCCAAGAUCAGGCAUUUCACCUUGAACUUUGGUCCUCAGCAUCCAGCUGCGCACGGUGUCUUGAGACUUAUUUUGGAGUUACACGGUGAAGAAAUCAUCAGGUCCGACCCCCAUGUCGGCUUGUUACACAGAGGUACCGAAAAGUUGAUUGAAUCAAAGACCUACAUGCAAGCCCUUCCUUACUUCGACAGAUUGGAUUACGUCUCCAUGAUGACCAACGAACAGGUUUUUGCUGUCGCUGUUGAAAAAUUGCUGAACAUUGAGGUCCCAAUCAGAGCCAAGUACAUCAGAACCUUGUUUGGUGAAAUAACCAGAAUCUUGAACCACUUGAUGUCGGUCUUGUCCCAUGCGAUGGAUGUUGGUGCCUUGACCCCUUUCUUGUGGGGUUUCGAAGAAAGAGAGAAGUUGAUGGAAUUCUACGAAAGAGUUUCUGGUGCUAGAUUGCACUCGGCCUACGUCAGGCCAGGUGGUGUCUCCCAAGAUAUUCCUUUCGGUCUCUUGGACGAUAUCUACAUGUGGGCCACCCAAUUCGGUGACAGAAUCGACGAAACCGAAGAAUUGUUGACCGAUAACCGUAUUUGGAAACAGAGAACUAUCGAUGUCGGUAUAGUUACCGCCGAAGACGCGUUAGCUUACGGUUUAUCCGGUGUCAUGUUGAGAGGUUCUGGUAUCCCUUACGAUAUCAGAAAGGCCCAACCUUAUGAUGCUUAUGAUUUGGUCGACUUCGAUGUCGCCGUCGGUACUAAGGGUGAUUGUUACGACAGAUACUUGAUUAGAAUGGCCGAGUUCAGACAAUCAUUAAGAAUCAUAGAACAAUGUCUGAAUGACAUGCCUGCUGGACCUGUCAAGGUUGAAGAUUUCAAGAUUUCCCCACCUUCCAAGGAGUUGAUGAAAAACGAUAUGGAAACUUUGAUUCACCAUUUCUUGCUUUUUACUAAAGGUUAUCAAGUUCCUCAAGGUGAAACCUAUACCGCCAUCGAAGCACCAAAGGGUGAAAUGGGAGUUUAUGUCGUUUCCGAUGGUUCUGAAAGACCAUACAGAUGUAAGAUCAGAACCCCAGGUUUCGCUCACUUGGGUGCUUUUGACCACAUUUCGAGAGGUCACUUGUUGCCUGAUGCUGUUGCCAUCAUUGGUACUAUGGAUUUGGUUUUCGGUGAAGUGGAUAGAUAA